AAUGACUGACGUGAAAAACUCUUUUCGUUCCAUUGAAAAAAAAAAAACGAGAAAAAACAAAACAAGUUAGAAGAAACCCAGAGGAAAGAAUAGAUCUUCAGGCUAUUUACUAAUUGGAUCUCAGUUCCCUGAGAAAGACCUCUAUGAUAGAUCUCAAAACCAGAGGAGAAGAACUAUCCAAACCCAAAUUUGAAAUCGAGAAUUACCAACACUUUGCCAAAGGGGAAUUCGGAAAAUGGAGAGACGAUCUUGGACUUGUACGCUCGUCACGCAGCUCUGCCUCUGCGUUGCUCUGUAUCUCGCCUUCAACAUCGGAGAGCCCCAGCAGCAGCAGCCAUGGCGUCGCCUCCCCCGUCACGAUCUCGUCUUCGUAACCGUGCGAGGCGGGGCAAGACCUGUUCGCGCGCAGACCCAUCUUCUCAAGCAGAUUGAGAAUGUUGCGAGGAUUUAUGGCGCGAGGUUUGUGGUGAAUAUCAGCGAGUUAGGGGAAGAAGAAGAUCCACUGUCUCGUAAUGCAAGUCAGCUCUUGAAAUCACCUAGCAUCCCCUGGUACACAACCAAAGCUUCAAAGGGGCAGGAAAUGGACAGUUGCUUCAAGGAACAUGUAGAAAUUGAUAACGGACCGACUUUGAACAUUGUUGGUUUGGAUACUGGUUCAUUACAGGAUCUACUGCUUACAGAAUCAAUAAAUGGCUCAGGCUCAGUUCAGAAUUGGCUGGGGAGAACCCUGGGAGCUGCUUCUGGUAACUGGUCUGUAGUCGUUGGAUUUCACCCGAUCAUUCAUUGUGAAGAUGAGAAAGGGCAACAAUUUGAAUCAAACCGAGCUUCUGAAACACUGGUUCACCAGAACUUUGUGAAGUUUGGAGUGAAUGCUUACUUGAGCACCAAUGGCCGCUGCUCCAACCAUAACUCCCGAGAUGGCGUGGAUUACAUUGGAAUCGCAAGGACUCACGAUCACAGUGAUGAAUCUGUUGUCCCUAAUAGGAAGUUGGGUCUAGGUUUGGAUUUGCAGCAGCAAAAAGGAAUGACUGAUACGUUCCUUCUCCACAGAGUUACCUCUCUAGAAAUGAUUACGUAUUCCAUUAGCUCAGCAGGGAAGGUCCUGAACAGAGUUGUGACCCAACAGAAGGGCAAGGCUGCCAUUUGACGCCUUACCUUCUAAACAAAGAGGUCAUGCUACUAUUCAUUCAAAGGUGUGACUGAUGUACAAGCAAGACACUUCACACCGCAAACACUCCGUCAACAUGCAACACUCAGGCCAACGUUAACAUACCUACUCGAUUCAACUCGAGACCAAAUAGGUCGAGGUUUCCGAUUUGACGCUUAUUUUCGCUCAUUAGGCGGUCUUCGUGAUGUUGUAUCAAGGAAAUUCGACACAUGCUAACUCAGGUGAAUUGAUGCCACAUUAGAGAUGGCUAUUCGUUGCAAACAUGAUUUAGUUAGCAUUUCAAAGAAGCUAUAGUAUGGUGACCACUUAUCACAAACCUAAUAGUUCAGUGUCCUUUUACACAUUUCACCCACACCCAGCACUCGAAAGGGCAAAAUAGGAAAAUCGCAACAGCUAUAAAUACACAGAGCCGAGCCUCGGACUGAGCUCCGGGUGCUCGCAUGGAAGAGAGAAAAGAAGAAUGAUGGUUUCGGGCCUUUCGGCCUCGAGAGAGAUUCUCUCUCUCCCCGUCGGAGCCGAUGAUUUCUCCGGUUGCCGAUUGCUCUGUGUUUGCUUCUUCUUUGGUCACUGAAACUGGUUUACAGCGUUUGGUUUCUCUUUUUCUUUCUUUUUCUUUUUGGUUCUGCUGCCUUCCGCUUCUGCUCUGCUUCUCGAUCUCGUUACCUUCCAUGUAUGUAUAUAUAUGUAAUCCAUGGCGCCUCUCUCUCUCUUUAUCUCUCUCGAUCUCUCUCUCUCAACACGAGGCAAUGACGAUGACACGAAUCGAUUUUCUCUCUUCCGCGAGCUUCCGGUUCGGGAUCGGCGAGAGCCGUCUGUUUCGCGGCUGGGCGACGGCGGAUGGUCGGGCUUCCGCCGGCAACCGGUCGUCGCAGCCAUGGACGGCGGAGCUUCCCGCUUCCGAUCACAAAUUUGCAUCUGAGCCACCGUCCCUGAGAAGAACCCACGGUGCUUGAUCUCUUCGAUUUUGCCGCGUUUCGGUAAACUACCGAAAUUGCCCACGGGUUUGCAUCGGAGAUGCCUUAUCUUCCGAGGGCAUUACUGGAAUUUGUGGUAGACACAAUGGCAGUAUAAAAUGCCUGCUCGCUGUAGAUCUGGGAGAGCAAUCUCUCUCUCAAUCGGAAUGAGGCUCUGCUCUCGGAGCCGAUGAUUUCUCCCGCCGGUGACCGGCAGGUCGGUAAAUAAACAAGUCCCUAACAACAGUGAGGAGCGGAUCUGGUCCGCUCUUUCCCCGUCGUCGUCGUCAUCAUCAUCCUCAUCACCAUCGUCGUUGUUCCAAACGGAACUGCUCCCUUCCUUUUUCCCUCUCUCGAUUCUCCCAACUUCUGUUGUUACUUACUACUACUACACUUCCAGCUUCCUCUUCUCCUCUUCUCGUAACAUUGGCUGUGAUGAGAUUUCUCCCGACAUUGUUUCAGAUGGCGUGGAUGUUCUCAGCGGCUGUUUGGCACGGCGAUCUAUCGCAGCCAUGGCCGCCGAGAUCUUCCUCUCCUUUCUCUGGACCACAGUGGCGGAUCUGAGCCUCUUCUGGUGAUUCUCGGUUGCACUCCAUUACAUUAAAAGUUUCCAAUUUUAGUUUCCAAGUCCUGAUUUUCAGAUAAUUUGGGUCAUUAAUUAUACAAUUUGUUUGCAUGCUUUGCUCAGAUUGUUGAGUAGAGGGACAUGCAGCUAUGCGAUUGUGAAUGCUGUAGCUUCUAAGGCCUUGCGUUCUCUUUCUGCUGUGUUAGCUGCCGCAAAAUUUUCAUGGUCAGGAACUCAUGCGAUGGCUCAUAUUUGGGCAGGGUCUUUGGAUCACAAGUUAAUGUCUCCGUACCAAAAUAGUCCGAAAUCUGCGAGCUUUAGGCUGCCCUGGUUGUGUUUCGACAGCUUCGAUGUCGCGAUGAAGCACUUGAUUUACGGGACAGUAAUGUAGGCCGGUCAAGAGCUACCUCAGGUAGCAGCAGUUUAGCCGUCCGAUGGCUGUUUGUCACGGCGACCUAGUUGCAUAAGCUUUCACUGUUUUGCAGCCAUGGCCGUGGCAGAUCUUCCUUUCCUUAUCUUGGCUACAAUGGUGGAUCUGAGCCUCUACUUAUUUGUCACUGCUCACUAGCUAACAGUCUUCAAUUUAAGUUUACAGUACAGGUUGUGAUUUGUGAAUGCUGCAGCUUCUGAUGCUUGGCAUGUUCUUAUUCAUAUUGUAUUCGCUGCUGCGGUUUUUCCUUGGUCAGGAACUCAUGCGGCGGCUCAUGUUUAGGCAGAGGCUUUGGAUAACAACGCAAUGGGUGCAUCCAGAAGUACUCUGCGCAGUCUGCAUCAAGUGCGCAGCAGAGAUUGUCCGAGAAGGAUCGAGAGUCGGCAUCUAGUCUAGCAACUCCGAACUAUGGCCAUCUAGAAGACCGAAAGCUCCUCAUCAAGUUGUCCCUUCAUCGGCCUGACUUGUUAUAUAGCAAGUGAAUGAGUGAUGCUCAAGCUAGCUCCCGAGGUUUAUACCAUAAUGUAACAUAGCCAUAAGUAUGGCUAGCAUUACUGCGAGCUUUAGGUUGAAAGCUCGCCCUCGUGAUAUCCCGAUGAAGUAAUGUAGUCUGGUCAAGAGCUUUCUCAUGUAACACUUCAUAUGAAGAACUGCAUAAAUCAUAUUGACAAUCAGAUAAGACUAUUUACUUCCGCUGUAAGCAACCAUGAAUACGAAGCUAAUAAACCAAACGGUUGACGAUGGUAUAUGUGGGCU